UCAUUCUGGUUAUUCAAAUGAGCCGGCAAUUUUCCUCCCCACAUCCACAACACACCGCGGUUGUGGAAAACCACAAAUGUCAACCAAUAGUUAUAAACCAUCAGGAAAUGUCACGCAAGCAAACAAAAAAUCAAUAAAAACAAAUCAAACAAUACCAAAACACCGCACGAAAUUGCGACUCGCUAGAAAGUGUUCCGUUUGAAACAAAAUUGUAAAAGAUAUGAUUAAAUAGAAAACAAACUCAUUGAAAAAGUGCUUUACUUUAGUUCAUGUAACCAGCUACAACGAUGGCAGAAGAGCUAGCGCACGAUUACUCUGGUUACUUCAAGGCGUCCAAUCUGGAUCAGGAGCUGAAACCCAUCACAGUUGGGAUUGAUCGAAUGAUGUUGCGUUUGGAAGAGUUCGAAAAUCUGUUGGAGCUCGUAAAGGCCGAAUCAGGUGUUGCACUGACCCAGAACGUGCCGAAACUGUUGGCUCUGAAACCAGAACUCGACAUUCUUUGCGAGCGUAUCGACAAGCUAGAACAGUUUGUGGUGAUGGUUGGACGGAACUUGGAUGCGGUCGAGAAACAGGUGCAGAUUGCGGAGGAAGAGCUGGACAUUCCGGACAAAACGAUAAACGUGUUGCUCAAAUCAUUGAACAUUUUUGGAAAACCGAAACCCACCGAACGGCUAACAAACCGGAACGCGAACGGGGUGUAUGAGCCGGUUGCUGUGUUCAAAACGGAACAGUACUUUCGCCCAAAUGGGCCAGAACCAAACGUUACAAAUGGGCCAAGCCAAGAGGAUCCGUCCUCCUGUGAAGACUGUGAUACUGGAACACCGGAAAAGUGAAUAUUUGAGUUGAACGUUCUACAGCUACUCGGAAAGUCUUAAAAUACUGCAACGAAGACAAUGAAGCGGAGCGCAAAAAGCUCAUUAAAAUUUACAAUCAAUAAGUUGUUUCAACAUUAUCAUAAAGAUGGUAAAAUGGUAAUAA